AUGAAUCAAUUCAACCUCAAUAAGGCAUCUCCUUUGAUGAGACGCCAAUCUGCCCUCAUGAUGAUGAACACCAGACGUCUCAUGUCAUCGCAAUACCGCCAACCAGUGCGUCGAGGUGGUGUCAACAAAGGUCUAGUGGCAACGCUUGUCGUUGCUGCUGCUGGUUUUGCAUACUACAAACGUACAGUCGAUGAAAAGAAAUUCUAUAACGGUGAUUCAGAUCCCUAUGAAAGAACUAAAAAGAACGUGACUCAACUGGGUAACAAGGUAACCAAGGACGCAGAGCCUGAGGCCCAUGGUGCUGUUGAUGAACUCAAUGCCGCUGGUAAACACAUCAAGAAAUCUGCCAAUUUGGCUGGUCAAGCUGCUCAAGAUGCCUACCAAAGUGCUACUUCUUCUGUCAAGAAGGAAGGCGAACACGUUGCCAACACAUUCAAGAAGGAAUCCAGUGAACUCGCCUCUGAAGUCGACAAGUUUCGUCAAGAACACCAUUUGAAGGAAGGCGACCGCACACCCGAAGACGUCUUGUCUCACAAAUACAACCAAGCUGCUGACAAGGUCUCUUCCAAGGCCAACGAAUGGAAGCAAGACGCAAAUGAAGCUGCUUUCAAGGCUGCCGACAAGUUCAAGAAUGCAAAGACCUCUGCUUCUUCUGGUAACAACGUGGACCACAACCCCAUGGUAAAUGAAAAGGUCUCUGCUGAUAAGACCAAGUCUAGUUAUGAACGUGGUUUGGAACAUCACGCAAAGGAGAAUGUGCGUGAUACCUCUAGCCUCGUUGGUAAGGAUACCGACAAGGUCAAGAAGGUCUGGGACGACAAGAACAGCCAAGAACAUCCUACCGAGGAGAAAUCCAAGGGCUUCUGGUCUAGUCUCGUAGGUGGUAGUGGUGCCUCCAAUGAAGCGGCUCCUCCCAAGUCAACUACUCACAGCAGCACUCCUUCUGUCCCUUAUGGCCAACCCGAGAAGAGAGUCUACGACACUGCUUCUACUGACCACGGCAACCCCAUGGUGCACGAGAAGCACAACUUUGACAAGACCAAGCCUGGAUGGGAAACGCGCUUAGAAAACUAUGCUGAAAAGAAUGUCCACGAUACCAGCACUCUUGUUGGCAAAGACACUGAGAAAGUCAGAGGUGUUUGGGAUGAGAAGCACGUUCGCGAUAACGGUGGUGUUCCUGUUGCUCAAGAGAACUCCAACUCUUUCUGGUCUAGUCUCUUUGGCCAAGCCAAGGACGUUGAACAAAAGGUGGAAGAACGUUUGGAAGAAGGUUGGGAAGACGUCAAGUCCAAGGUCGGUCUUUCUGCUCAUGACGUAAAGAAGGAUGCCUCUGAAGCCUAUCAAGACGCUAAGGAUAAAGCAUCUGCUGAAGCCAACCGUCUCAAGCGCGAUGCUAGCAGCACUGCUGAUAAUCUCUCUCAUAAGGCUGAUCAAGAAGCCAAUCGUGUCGAAAGCAAAUGGAACAACCUCAAGUCCCAAGUCAAGGACGAUGCCCAAUCUGCCUAUGAUAGUGCUGCUAACACUGCCUCCAAUGUCUCUGAUAAGCUGAAGCGUGAAACAAGCAGAGCUACCUCCGAAACACAACGUAAGGCUGAUGAGUUGAAGCGCACUGCAUCUGGUCGUCUUGAGGCUGAAAAGAACCGUGCUUCCAGCAACUUGAAGGAUUUGCACAACGAAGUCUCCUCCAAUGCUGAAAAGUGGAAGGAUCAGACUGAGGAAACUGCCAAGAGCUGGUAUCAAAAGGGUACUGAACAGAUCAAGAGUGGCCUCGAGACUGUAAAGACGACUGCUGACAAGGAUCUCCAUUGGGCUGAAGACAAGGUCUCUGAAGGUUUAUCUACUGCCAAGACUGAGGUUGAUCGUCUAUUAGGUAAAGAAGUUCCCAAGGAGUCUGGCUACAGUGGCCAUGUCAUUCGUGGUGAGAAGUUCGCAGAGGAAGAAGAAGGCAUGCUGAGACACACUCGCACCAACACCAACUUGAAGCCUGCUGAAGUUGUCGUUGGCAAUGCUGAUGGCAAGGAAAUGUAA